ACGCGCAGUAUUUGAACUUGUUUUCAAUAUCACGGAAGUGAAACAGAACCGUUUCCUCAUAGAUUGAUGUUUCUCUACUGCUACACCUAAGCAUUCAUUCUUCUGAGACAUCACUCUAGACAUGGCAACGAAGGGGGCAAAGGAGACUCUCGUGAAUAAACUGGGCUUUAAAAGCAACAGCUCGAAGUCAGUGGACAUGGAGAUGGAGAAACUGAAGAGAGAGAAUCAGCAGCUGAAGAAAAGUCUGGAGGACAUGAAGAGAGCUGGCAGACAUCAACACACACAUCCAGACACGGACAAAGCCAAACUCCUGGAGAGGAUUCUCUCCCUGGAGACUCAGAGGGAGAGGAACUGUCAGCAGCUGCUGGUGAAGGAUCAGGAGGUGUGUGUCCUCAGACAGCAGCUCCGCUCCGCUCACGGGGAGGUGGUGUCUUCACUGCAGAACCAGCUCCAGGAGAAGCAACAGGAGGCCGAACAGAGAGAGAAACAGAUUCAGGCUCUCUCAAAGGAGACCGAAGACCUGAAAAACAAGUAUUGUGUGGUUUCUGAGAGGUGUGACACACUUGAGAAACAAAAGGUUUCAUCUGGUGAGCUUGCGACAGUGCAGGAGCAGUUGCGAGAUGCUCUGGAGAAGAACCAUAACUGGCUUGUUUACGACCAGCAGCGGGAGGCUUAUGUUCAGGGCGUCUUAGCCAAGACCAAGGAGUUUGAGAUGCAGUUAAAUGAAGCAAAUAAAGCACUCCAACAACAGCACAAAGAAGCCAGUUCAGAUGGCCAGUCUGCGCAGGAUGCUCAGCGUGAGCUGGAGGCCGAACGGGCCCGUGUGAGCCACCUCCAGGCAGAAGUUAAGGAUCUGAGAGGGAGGUAUGAGGAGAAGAGCAGGGAAGCGGCUCAGGCAUGGGAGCAGCUCCUGGAGGAGAAGAAAAGAGACCGAGAAACUCUGCAGGAGGAAAGGAGGUGUUCAUCAGAGCGAACCGCUCGACUGCACGCUGAGCUGGAGGACGAGAGGAAGAGGGUGGCCGAACUACUCAUGCAGGUGAACCGAAUGCAGAAAUCCCUGAUGAAUCAGCAGGAGGAGCAGAAAAGAAUCGCUAUAUUGGAACAACAGAUCCUUUUGUCAGCCAAAGAAUCUGAAAAUGAAAAAGUAGACCGUCAAACUUUACAGCACCAACUGCACAAAGUUUUGAAAGAGCUGCGAAAGGCCAGAGACCAGAUUACACGCCUGGAGUCUUCCAAACAGCAGAGAGAGUCUCGUUUCUCUGAGCCCAGCUCAUGUAACAGGAUGGAUUUUGAAAGACUGACUAUUCAAGAUCGAACCACGUCUCCAUCUAAAGUCCAUAACAUGCUCGAUGAGAGUAUGCUGGAGUGUCCGAACUGUGGCGCUUCUUACCCCACCAGCCAGCACAGAGAGCUGCUCGCACACCUCGACUACUGCUUCAGAUAAAAGGCACCAUUCUAAAGAAAUGUUUCAGUAUUUUCGAUUUAUUUGUUUCAUCAUAUAUAUUUUUUUUUAAGAACAAAGUAGUCACAUUUUUUAAUUCUUGAUUGUGAAAAGUUUGAAGGGACUUUUAUUCUUAUAAGUAUGUUUACAUGGGGCAUAUUUAAAAAUAUUUUAAUUUAUAAUAAGUUUAAAUGUGUAUUAUUUUCUUAGUUUGCUUUUGGUGACCAGGUUUCCCUUUUUAUAUGCAGUUCAUAUAAUCAGUGUUGUACCCCCCAAAAAACUAAACAUUUUUCACAUAGUCCUUCACCGAAUUGUCAACUCUACUUCAAUAAAAGGAAAAAAGACAGACAAAA